UUGCUUUAUUUUAUUCCGUUUGGAUUAUUCAUUUGGCAGAGAAGAGAAGAGGAAGAAGAAGAAGAAGAAGAAGAAUCCAAUAGCCAUCCUAUCUGUGUGUUUGCACAUCAGAAGGAAGGGCUAUCGGUUUCAGGAAUACGCAAAGACAGUCCAAACCUCACAACGUCAAUAUCUCAAAUUCUCAAUCACAAAGGAUUGCUCUGGGACUGGGCUUCGUCUUCUUCGUUUCUCUACAAAUUCCUUGUGGCAGAUCUAAUCUAACCAGGCUUUUUGGUGUUUCAGGCACUACAUGCAUAUGGGUGGUUGUGUUGGAUGCUAUAAAAGGCCCACAGUAAUUUCCACUGUGGAUGUGCCAUCAAAAGGGUUGGCAAAACAAGGUAAGGCAGUGAGGAAACCUAGUACAUCAGAGGAUUUCUGGACCACCAGCACGCAUGAUAUGGACAAUAGUGCUGUUCAGUCACAGGGGAGCAUCUCUUCAACAAGUCUAACAAACCAAGCUGUGGUUCCUCAUGGUGGUUCUUCCAAAAGCAGCAACCACACUGAAUUUGUAAAUCACGGUCUAAUUCUUUGGAAUCAGACUAGGCAACGUUGGGUUGGAAAUAAAAAGAUUGAGAACCAAACACAACAAUUACGAGAACCUAAAUUGAGAACUUAUUGUCUGUGCCUUGCCAAAAUUUUCUGGCUUUGCAGUUGGAAUGCAACAUACGAAAGUUUACUUGGAAGCAACAAGCCAUUCCGUCAGCCUAUCCCUCUUGCUGAAAUGGUAGAUUUUCUUGUGGACAUAUGGGAACAGGAUGGCCUAUACGACUAAGUUGUUGAAGCUUGAGGAAGUGCCGUUUGGUUAGAUGAUCCAUGAAAUAAUUUUUAGUUCUUUCUUCUGUAGGAAGAGGAUUAUUGGCCAUGUACUAGAGUUUGUAUAUCAAUUGUCACAUGCCAACAAUGAGGAAAAUUUCUCUCUGCUGACCUUCAGAUAAUUGUAUUAUACUAUAUUUAAUUGAUUUGCCCAGGUUGCCUCUGGUAGGCAGGUUUUGAAAAACAAAAUUCCCCUUUGUUGACGGCAUGCUUCAUCACUGGCUGCAACUUUCAUUUGCUCUUCCUUUCCGUUAAAUUAGACCGAAAUUAUUAUGUAGGACAAGUGGUCCAUAGCACACAUAUCUAAUUUGUAACCUGGUUUCAUAUUUCA